UAUUGACCAUCAGUUAAGCAAAUUAGAAUUUUUAACUACAUUUUGUUUCAUCUACGAAACUACAACUCAAAAUCAAUUGUAUCUUCCACUAAAAAUGUCGAUUAAUCUACAGAUAGAGGAUGCUAAUAAUGGUGAAUCAGAACAGGAUAACAGUUCAGAUGCAGAGCAUUUACUUGUGGCUUUAAGAAAGAUGAUGAAAAAGGAAAUGGAGGUGAUGGUGAUCCGUACUGUUCAGAAAGUUAUAGGGCCGAUUGUGGAAGAUUUGAUUCGGAAAGUGGUCAAAGAGGAAAUUCAAUCAGCACAAGAAAAGUUUUUGACUCAUCAAAAUAGGAACUCAGUGGAUGAGGCAACUCUUUCAAGACCAAGAAGUUUAGAGCUGAAAUUCUUAGACAAAUUGUCUGAUUCUAUUUUGACAGGGAAGGAAUUCAAAGGAAAAGAAGGCAACCUCAUUAGAGUUUCUCUAGUUGAUAUUGUAACUGGGGAUCCUUUUCUCUCAGGGCCUGAAGCCUCAGCGAAGGUGGAGAUAUUAAUUCUUAAGGCAGGUCCUAAUGAUAAUGCACAUAAUGAGAAUCUUAAAGACUUCAAUAAUAGCAUCAUUAGAGAAAAUGAGAAGACGAAGCCUCAUUUUCCUAAACCUGUCUAUGUAUAUCUCGAGAAAGGCAUUGGUGUAUUGUCUAAUGUCAAGUUAGGACAUGAUGCUCGCUGGAUGAAGAGCUGCAAAUGCAGGCUAGGGGCAAGAGUGGUGGAUAAAUUCGAUGGAAGUACAGUGAAAGAAGCAUGGACAGAGUCAUUUAUGGUCCUAGAUAGCCGCUGCAAAUUGUAUGAGAAGCACUACCCACCAUCUCUUUCUGAUCCUGUAUGGAGAUUAGACAACAUUGGUAAAGAUGGUGCUCGAUGUAAGCGUCUACAUGAGGCUAUGAUUUUUACUGUACAGGAAUUUCUGUUUUUACUCUCUAUUGAUCCUCAGAGGCUCCAAGAGAUACUUGGCGCAGGUGGUAAGAAAUGGAAGGCCACGGUGGAUCAUGCUCAUACUUGCCCCAUUGACGACAGAAAGAUCUACUCAUACAACCCUUCCACUGAACAUAAAACUGGUGUGGUUUUCAAUAUAGUGGGAAAAUUGAAAGGGGUACUCCGUAACAACCAAUUUGUUCCCAUUGAAAGUGUAUAUGUGGCUGAGAAGGCUGAGGCACAGAAGUUAAUAGUAUCUGCUUUUGAAAAUCAGAUCGAUAUAACCUCUUUUGGUGAUGAGACUUCUUUUCUGCAUCAGUUUCCUUGCAUAUCCAAUGACAAAAAUGCCACCAACUCCUCUGGGCUGGACGGUUCUGAUGGCCGUAAUAGUAGCAUCGUUGAAAAUAUUGAUCUAUAUGAUCCUACACAGCCAGUUACAGCCGGCCGGGAAGAGGAGAGAUCAACGACGAUAUCUCAGGGAAUCAGUCCAUCUAUCAAUCAUUCAAAUAUUUCCUGUCCUUUUGGCUCACUCAGCUCCAUAAAUGUUGAAGAUUUACAUGAAUGGACUCUAGGGCCUUUGGACAAGGCUCCUAGUUUCUCAACGUCUGACUUGGACUUUCUGUUGGAGAGUUUUCUUGACAAUGAAGCUCUAUCUUCUCCUACUCUCGGGGAUAAUGAAAACCUACCUGAGAUUCGUAAGGUUGAAUCAUAUUCUGAUCAACAAAGUAAUGCUGGAAGUAUCCGCUUUGUUGGUGCUGUUAUAACUCUACGAUGGUUGUUUCGUGUAAGAAAAAGGGUUGCGUCUUUAGGAGAUAAUCAGGUUCACAAAAGGCAGAGGCACCGUUGACAGGCAGCAGAUAACAGAGUUGUUUCAAUUGAAAGUUAUUUUAGGUUACAUAUAUUGGCACUCGCUAAACUUUCAGUAAAAUUACAUGUUGACCACUAAAGUUCAUUUCAUUUCUUGUUUGUCACUAACCUUAACUUUGUUUCAAGUUGGUGACUCCAUCAAUAUCCGCCAAUCUGACUACUGGAAAAUGUAACCUGGCAGUUUUCUUAUUUGCCAACUAGCCUGCCACAUCAGCUUUCCGAUAGUCAAACUAAAUGGCAAUGGAUCAAAUCACCAAAUGUUUAAGUUCAUGACCAACUUGAGAAAGAGUUUAAGAACAGUGGCCAGUUUGGAAAAUAAUUUCAGUUCAGUGACACACAUGUAGUUUUACUAAGUUUAGUGACUACCACUGUUUUUAACCCUUCAUUUAGAUGUUGCAACAUGUGCAUUUGAAGAAAAGAAACACGCUUUGGAUUUUCAGUAAACGCAUAUACAUAUAUUUCAGCAGCCCGUUCAUUUCUAAGUUCUCCAAGUUUUUAUGUGGCCUGAUACGGUAUAAAGGCAACUUUUAUAGUAGUUGGCAUGGAAGAUUUUACAGGAUGGAAAUGUUAUGGGGAAUACCUACAAAAUGAAUUCCGUGGAUAUUUGAUACACAGUACUGAACAUGACUACACGGUACAAUAAAUACAAAGUCAGCUUUCAUACAGUGAUUCUGAAGCUUAUGGAAAUGGUGAUCAAUCUCUCCGUUGCACGUGCUUGCAGUUUUUACUGUGAUUAAGAUGGAAUUAGUAAUAUUUCUUGUAUUCAAUUCUUCGUGUAGUAAUAGUCUGUUUAGCCGACUCCAAAUAUAUUAGGAAGAUGCGUAGUUUGUUGUUGUACAGUAACGAGUUCGCUCAUUUAUAAUUUGUGUUGUAUAUUUUUGUGGCAUACAUUUGCACACUGGGAAUGCAUUUUGAUUAUACAUCAUCCUGAACUGAAAAU